CAACACCGCAGGGUUAAAACUUUUGAAGACGCAGGCUAGUGACACACAGAAAAAUCUUAAAGAAGUACUUGGUUUUUACGAAUGAUGAGUAUACCGCAUAGCCAUAAUUUAUCAGCAACACAUUUGCUGGCCUCCCCGGAUGGUUCACGUUACUUAUUGGAAAAUUCCAAUGAUCUGCAUCAAUUAGAUGAAAGCUAUUCUCGACUGCCUGGUUGUGGCUCAAGUACUGAUGGCACAGCGCUCUGGACGCGACAUGGCAUAUCCAAUCAUAAUUCCAUAAUAGGAUGUUUUUUAAUCUGUCAACGCAGUCUAAAAGAGUAUAUGGCACGACGAAAGAUUGAGCGAGGAUUGCGUCUAUAUGAACAGCAUAACCAAAAUGCUGCGGUACGCAUUUGGCGGAGCGCUUUAAAAGCGGCCAUUCGUCGCGAGGAUUGUUUUCAGUUACUUGGCUACCUCUAUCAGGCUCAUAUGGAUUGGGGUAAAUAUCGCGAAGCGAUCGAGUUUGGGCAUCGGCAGUUAGGCAUUUCCGAAGAGUUGGACUCACCUACGAUGAGGGCGGAAACUUAUCUGAACUUAGCAAGGGCCCAUGAACGAUUGGGUGGUCUUGACCGAGCACUCAGUUAUGCUCGCCACUCAUUAUAUAACGAGUGCGGUUCGCAGUGCCGUACUGGAGGCUUAGUCCACUUGACAUUAGCUCGCGUUUACUUGGAAAUGGGUGGGUUUUCACGCGCGCUUGAAAGGUUACAAGGAGCGCACAAAAUAGCUACGGCAAUUGAAGACCCCUCGCUGGAGUUGCAAGUUUACGUUGCGCUCUCUGAGCUAUUUGACCGUUUGCAAGACAAUGAUAAAAGUGCAACCUAUGCAUCCAAGGCCUAUGAUCUAUCACGUUCAUUGCAACUGCGCGAUCUUAACUCGUCACAUCAUCGGGCUGCAUUAUUGCGCAUGGCAUCUGCUCUUCGCAAACAAGGUGAUCUAGGGGACGCACAUGACUAUUGUAUGGAAGCUACACGCCUUUCACUGAUCUCAGGGGAUCAAGCGACAUAUACUCGUAGUUUGCGGGUGAUGGGAGAUAUCUACCGCAAGAAAGUGGACAUGGAUCGUGCCUUUCGACAAUACGAACAAGCUAUGGGUACUUCAGCUACACUUGGAGAUCGUAUGGCUCAAAUGGAGGCGAUGGAUGGGGCAGCACGCUGUUUAGAAGAUUUGCGAUUACAGCAGAAGAUUUGCAAUUGUCGUCCACUUGAGUUCAACACGCGCCUGCUAGAGGUCGCAAGCACCAUUGGCGCUAAGCUCCUUGUGCGUAAAAUACGUAGUCGUCUAGCUCUUAUCUACCGCGCUCUCGGAGAUGAGGAACAAUACAAUACACAUUCACGCUUAGCCAGCCAAACAGACGCAGCGUUGGGGCUAUUUUGUGGUGCAUGUAAUGAAACCUUUGGCUUAGAACCGGACUCAAUUGAAGCAUUGCCUUGUGCUCAUAUCCUGCAUGCCCGCAUAUAAUUGAAAAUAAUAUUUUUCAAGAUAUUACAUCAGUAAUUGAGAUCUACCGGAAAAAUUGCGUUAGCUGUUGCGUCAUCCGGCAUUGCCGCUACUCUUUUGGAAGGAGGCCGAACCGCACACUCUACAAUCAAGCUCCCGCUGAAAAUCGCCACCGAUGAUGAUAACAGCGUCUGUAGUGUUUCUAAACAGAGCAAUACAGGAAAAUUGAUGUGUGACUGCUCAUUAAUAGCCUGGGACGAAGCUACCAUGUCAAACAAGACGUCUGUGGAAGCACUGGAUAAGACAAUGCGCGAUUCGCGCAACAAAAAUUCACCUAAGGGUGGAUGUACAAUUCUGUUCUCAGGAGAUUUCCGACAAAUCCUUUCAGUUGUGACUCGAGGAGCACGUGCUGACGAAACAAAUGCUUCGCUAAAAAGAUCCCACCUUUGGUCGCAUGUCAAUAAAUUAAAGCUUACAACUAAUAUGAGGGUUUCUUCAUCUUCACGUGAGAACAGGCUAUUUCCAGAGAUGCUACUAAAAGUUGGCAAUGGAGAAUUAACACAAAUUGAGGGAAGGAUUAACCUAGAAAACCUUUGUGUUUUGAUAGACAACAUCCAAGAGUUGGUCAAUAAUGUCUAUCCUGCCAUUGAUAACAUAAGUUAUAAGACAAUAUCUUGGUUUAAAGAAAGAGCUAUUCUGUCACCAACUAACGAACAAGUAGAUAAAGUAAAUAACUUGAUUAUUUCAAAGACUGAUGCGCCGACGAAAAUAUACUACUCGGUCGAUACUGUUCUCGAUUUGGAUUUUAUAAAUUCUUUGAAUCCGUCUGGACUCCUUCCUCACAAAAUGGAGCUGAAAAUAGGUUGUCCUGUUAUUUUAUUAAGAAAUAGGUUGUCCUGUUAUUUUAUUCUGUGAAAUUAUUGUUUGUAAUUCUUUUAUAUACAUAUCCUAAAUCCCUCAAAACUACUCCUACGCGAGCGGGGCUGCGGGUUAAAGCUAGUAAUUCAAUAAUUCCAAUUAUUAGAAAUUUGAUUAUCAAAGUGAUUACUUAAUUAAACUAUUUUUUGUAUAUAUUGAUUUGAAAUAAAAAUUUUGGAAACUUGUUCUCGGGUGAAUUAGUUGACGAAAACAAGACACAGGCUAUAGUCUACCUUCAGUCAUGAUCAUCCGUAACGUUGAGUAGGCGCGUUCAUUGGUGGGCAGGCGAAAUUCCCAUUAUCCGAAGAAUUUUAAGAAUGUUUGGUGCAUGCUUGUGCAGUUUGGGAACAUUUGUCAAAAUUCUAAUACCAAAUUUCCAUAUCGAUAGAAAUAACUCGAACUCAAAAUUGUAUCAUCAAACACAAGUGUGCGAUUCUCCAAUGCUAUCCAAUCACAUCAUCUUUGAAUCCGUCUGGACUCCUUCCUCACAAAAUGGAGCUGAAAAUAGGUUGUCCUGUUAUUUUAUUAAGAAACCUAAAUCCACCUAAACUUUUCAAUGGUACGCGUUUGCUGUUAAAAUCACAGAAAACUUUCAUAAUUGAGUGCACAAUACUCACAGGAUGUGGUACCGGAGAAGAUGUAUUGAUUCCCCGAAUCCCUCUGAUACCAUCGGAUCUACCAUUCCAAUUUAAACGCUUAUAAUUUCCGGUAAAGACAUCUUUGCAAUGACCAUUGAUAAAUCUCAGGGUCAAACAUUCAACGUUGCAGGCUUAGAUUUGAGCGUUGACUGUUUUUCACAUGGCCAACUGUAUGUCGCUCUUUCAAGAGUAACCUCUAGAGAAAACAUUUUUGUAUUGUCUAAUGACAAGAAAGCUAUGAACGUUGUAUAUAAAGACAUUCAGUAAUAUAUUAAUUGUUGUAAAAAUAAAAUAAAUACAUACAUAUGUAAAAAUGCAAAAAGUAAAUAUGUAUGUAAAAGUGUAGGGUAUGAAUUUAGAUAUUCCAAAGAUAGCAGGAAAUCUUCAUGCUAUAAAGAAAGGGGAAUUGUUUUACUCCAAAUUUAACGCGUGCGGGCCACGGGCAGUAAUGAAUAAGCCAAAACUACUGGAUCGAUUUUAAUCAUUUUUUCAGUGAGUGACAUAGGGUAUAUAUUUUAUACCCGUGCAAAGCCGGGCGGGUUGCUAGUAUAUUAUAAAUAUUAAUACAUAUACGUACAUAAAUACGUACAUACUCGCUUAAAUUUACUACUUUAUUUUACAUUGCAAUUCCAAGAACUGUUUACGAAUUUACUUAGCUCACCAUUAAUAAUUUGCAUUUCCGUUCCCACUAACUAAAUGUAACUCCAACAUUUAAACACAGACAAAUUUAUCGGGAAUUGCUCUGCAAUAAUACAUUUCAUUAUUUUCUUUCCCAAAUAAUUAUCAAUUUAUUGGGAAUUGUUUUGCAGCAAUCCAUUACAUUAUUAAUAUGAUUAGUAA